GAACCGUAUAACUGGACAGUGUGGAAGCUGGAAGCAUUGGUAAACGCCGAUAAACCAAACGCACACCUACGCAUUGCUCCAAAAUGCGUUAGCGUUUUAAGGAGUUCUCUGUUGAAUGAAUCGAAAGGGAUUGCGAAAUCGACGUGGGUAAAUCCAUCGAUUCCACUAUUUGUUUUACGCUUCUUUAUCCUUUUUCUUCUUCGUUUCUGGAGUUCUAGGGUUUAUUCGUCGGAUCAGAGGUUUGUCUGCAAUCUGGUAGUAUUAAUUUAAUUCACCUCAUAUAACAACGUAUACACGGAGGAAGGAUGUUCUUGGUCGAUUGGUUCUACGGGAUUCUCGCAUCGCUGGGCCUGUGGCAGAAGGAGGCUAAAAUCUUGUUCUUGGGCCUCGAUAAUGCUGGCAAAACGACCUUGCUUCACAUGUUGAAAGAUGAGAGAUUAGUCCAACAUCAGCCAACACAGUACCCAACAUCUGAGGAGUUGAGUAUUGGGAAAAUCAAGUUUAAAGCUUUUGACUUGGGAGGGCAUCAGAUUGCCCGCCGUGUUUGGAAGGACUAUUAUGCUAAGGUGGAUGCUGUUGUUUACUUGGUGGAUGCCUACGAUAAAGAAAGGUUUGCGGAGUCAAAGAAAGAGCUGGAUGCUCUCCUGUCAGAUGAGUCUUUGGCCAAUGUACCGUUUCUAAUUUUGGGUAACAAGAUUGACAUCCCAUAUGCUGCCUCUGAAGAUGAAUUGCAAUACCACAUGGGGCUGACUGGCAUCACCACCGGCAAGGGAAAGGUAAACCUGGCAGACACUAAUGUUCGCCCACUUGAGGUAUUCAUGUGCAGCAUAGUCCGCAAAAUGGGUUAUGGAGAAGGCUUCAAAUGGAUGUCUCAAUACAUCAAGUAGAUGCAAGUGUUAUUUCGUACUCUAGGCAAAGAGUGUUCGCCCUUGUGAAAAAUUGGUGGUUGAAUAUAUGUUGCCAUUGAUUCUAGUUUUUGGUGAAAUGACAAAGAACCAUUUCUGUUACAUCAUCACCUCUCAAAUUUGAGAUGAACAUAUAUUUAGUUCUUUAAUGACAUUUCCCUCUUUAGACCUCGACA